UUGUUGUUAGAUACUGCACCGCGCUGUCUUUUGUGUACCGCUUACACAAUCAUCGAAUAACAACAGCUUCGUUUUAAUAUUUUCAUUUAUAAAUUAUAACAAAGCUGUUGUUGCAUGUUGGAAAUUUCAAGUUGGUAAAAUAUAACUAUGAAAAACCAAGCGAUCGAAAUCAAUUUUACCGUCGUGUUGUACGCCGGAAUUAUGUACACGGGUCUGGUAAUUUCUGGAUGGCUACUUUUGCGUCUUACCGUCGCCUGUUUCAAGUUGCCGUCCAUUUUGAGCUCAGGGCAACUGCUAGGACCUGACAUUGAAGAUGAGUUAGAAAAUAUGCAACAGGCAUUGAUCAAGGAAGAAGUAAAUGAAGAUUCAAGUCUUGAAAAAUAUUUCGAUACUUUGACUCAAGAUUCUUGCAACAUCACAACAAUACGUAGUAAAUUGGUAGGUAUCUAUUAA